AUGCUAAAUGCCUUAAUUUGGGACGGUUUACUAAACGAAGGCUAUUAUACUCAUGGUGCUUCAUUUGGAGAUUUCCCAUUUCACAUGAACAUCAUUAGCUCGUUUGUAUACGGAUGCAAUAAGAACAGAAAGCAUCUUUUCGAUUUAGUAUCUCCUUUCUACGCCCACAAAGAAUUAGCUUAUCCUUUCAUUCCGAACUACUAUUCAUCAGUAUUGAUAUCAUGCUAUGGUGUAUCAAUACAUGAUGCAACAGUAUUCCCUUCGAUCCCAGUUUCCAUAGCUUUAUACAUAAUUUUAGUAGAUUUAAUUUUUGAAUUCACAAAAAGCGAAUUCGCAGCCAUUAUAGGCGUAUAUCUUUUUACAUAUAAUGGAGGAAUGGGUUUCACACACUUCUUCUACGAAAAAUACAGACAAUCUUGGUUUAUUGAUUAUGUUCAUUAUUGGGACGAUGAUUGGAAAGAAUUUUGGCUCCAAGCAGUUUCUCAUGUUCUAUUGCCUCAGCGCGCAUCAUUGUUUUCGAUGCCAAUUGCAUGGUCAGUGAUUUUGAUUCUUAUGAGAUGCAAUGAAAGGGGAUCUGCCACAGAAUUCAUUGCUGCUGGACUUCUUGUAGCUCUUCUACCACAAAUUCAUCCUCAUUCUAUCAUUGCUUUGGCUCAAUGGGGAGUUGUUUUUGCAUUAAUCACUUUUCCAUACAAAAAGGUAGAAAAAAUGCCAAGAUUUAUAAUGAGAUAUAUGUGUCUUGGCAUAACAGCUAUAGUAUUUGGUGCAUUUCAAUGUAUUCCUUUGAUUGGACGUUCAACUCAAAAUGAUUUCAUGAAAAUACAGCCAAUCAAUAGAGGAGAGUUCGAAAAAGAUAUCAUUACGCUAUGGUGUCGAGGAUUAGGACCAUUUAUUGUAAUGGCUUUGAUUCAUUCUCCAUUGAUUUUAAAUAAGACUCAGUGGAAGUUUUAUAUUCCUUCUAUUGUUGUUUUCCUAUUGGGAAAUAUUAUAUACUAUCAGCCAUGGGCGUUAGAUAAUACAAAAGUCUUUUAUGCGGCUUUUAUUCCUUUGGCUACUGCAUCGGUGUCACUUUUUAUGAAAAAACUGACAAAAUUUGGAUUUUUGGGAGUUGUUACUUUUAUUGUUUUAUUCAUGUUUAGUAUAUUUUCAGGCAUUUUGUCUGUUUAUGUGACAUGGAAAACGAGAUCUAUUGAAUGGGACAUUUAUGCAGCUUCCUACAACUCUGCCAACUUUAUUAUCAACAACACCCCACCUGAUUCUAUCUGGAUAUCUGAUAAUCAGCAUCAGAAUCCCAUUGUAACAUUGGCUGGUCGUCAAAUUUUCGUCGGAUACAUAGGAUGGCUGAUGAAUCAUGGUUUAGAUUUCGAAAGUCGGCAAGAAAUAAUGAAUAGAUUGGUUGAUAAUCCAGAAGAUACAACAGAAAUUGAUGAAUUCAACAUUACUUACGUAGGAGUUAGAUAUUCAGAUCCUGAGUAUCCAUUUUAUCCUCCUGAUAAUUCUACAAAGUGGAGCCAUAUAUAUAGCUCAGUAGCUUUCGAUAUUUGGCAGAGAACAUCUGAAAAAUAA